GCACGGGGGGGUUGCAGACAUGGAGCAGGAUCCAGCAGUGACUGACAGGCACACGUGUGCAGACACAGAGCCCUAGUGAUGUGCCGGUGUUUGUGAACAGACACCCCUCUCCCCGCAGCACCCGCAUUCCCAUGUCGGAUGCUUGCCGCUGCUGGAGGCCCUCCAGCAGUACAGUACGGCUGCAAAGGGCACCAGGCGGCAGGGCCUUGCACUCAGGACGGGAUCCUGUUGCGUUGAGCUCACCCCUCUUAUGAAAGCAAGUUAUUUUUUGAUCCGCUGCUGAGCACCAAAGUCUUCUGGGCGAGCGAGCCAAAGCAGCGUGGUUCACCGGCCGCAGCAGGCGGGGGUCUCCUGGCCUCAUGGAGCCGGGGAUGGAGAUGAGCGCUGCCUCCGAGGGAGGCACCCGCCGGGGGCCGGAAAAUAAGCAUGAAGAGAAAGUGCAGGAUCCCGGCAGAGGGGAGGCAGAGACCAAGGCAGAGAUGGGGAACAAAACAUGGGCAGACCUGGCCGGGGAGAUGAAGACUUUCCUGUGGAACCCAGAGGAGAGAACCUGCAUGGGGAGAACAGCCAAGAGCUGGGGCCUGAUCUUACUGUUCUAUUUCAUCUUCUACACGUGUCUGGCGGGGAUGUUUGCCUUCUGCAUGUAUGUGAUGCUGCUCACCCUGAGCCCCUACACACCCACCUACCGGGACCGCGUGUCUCCACCAGGAGUAAUGAUCAGACCAUACCUGAACGGCUUUACUAUUGCCUUCAACGUUUCCAAGCCCAGCACGUGGCAGCCAUAUGUGGACAGCAUGCACCAGUUCCUAGCAGCUUAUGAUGACAAACUUCAAGAGGAGAAGAAUAUCGAGUGCGUCCCAGGACAGUACUUCAUCCAGGGGGGCAACGACAGCGAGGAGAAGAAGGCCUGCCAGUUCAAGCGCUCACUGCUGCAGAACUGCUCAGGGAUCGAGGAUCCGACAUUUGGCUUCUCUAAAGGCCAGCCCUGCAUCCUGCUGAAGAUGAACCGGAUCAUAGGCUACCGCCCUGGCGCUGGGGUCCCCGUGAGCGUGGACUGCAAAGUGCAGAAAGGCAAUGAGAGCGAUCUGAGGUCGGUGGAUUUCUACCCUGGGAAUGGCACGUUUGACCUCAUGUAUUACCCCUACUACGGCAAGCUCACGCACGUCAACUACACGUCCCCCCUGGUGGCCAUGCACUUCACAGAUGUGAAGAGGAAUAGUUUGGUCCCCAUUCAGUGCAGGCUGAAUGGGAAAGGGAUCAUCAAUGACGUUAACAGCGACCGCUUCCUGGGCCGGAUCAUCUUCACUCUCAGCAUUGGAAAGUAGCCAGCAAACACGGGGCGUGAGUUAGGAAACAAAUGAGAUGCACCAGCGUGGAACCACAUCUUUCAGCACCUGAUGUAAAUCAUGGUUAGCAAAUAUUAAAAGUUAUACCCUGGGCAGAGAACCAGCAAAAGCAUUUCAGUUCUUAUUAGAAGAACUCUGGUACCUGAACACCUUUUCCAUAAGAUCUUUUACACGUGACCUCUGUGGAAUGCAUUUUUCUGGACUUUAAAUUUUAAUCUUUACAAUAGUUUUAUGUGCACUUCUCAGGCAACAGCUAACGAGAUGGUGGUUUAUCAGUACUACUCCUGCUCAAAUACCAAACAGCAAACGUUCUGGAUGAUGCUUGAGAUGACAGCUAACAAGACAUAAUGGCAAACCUCAAAAUGCCACUGGGACUGCAGGCAGCAGCAGCACCCUGCCUGCAGCUCUGCCUGCCCGGCCCAUGCAGGAUGCUGCAAGCCAAGGCCACCUGGCCCCAGCCCCAGCUCCUGGGCCAGCAGUGUGACUGUGCCAGCCUUGAGAGGCCUCACAAGGCCUGCUCCGUGUUAACGAUGAUCACAUUAAUUACUAUCUUUGUUCCCUAGGACAGCAAGGCACAGCGGUGAUUUCAGCAUCUAGGCAAACACUUUGUUUCUACAGGCACUCAGACUCACUUUAGUUUUGAUUAUUUGGAAAAUGAGAUCUUUUAUUAUACACGCCUUCCUAUUUAACAUACAGAGAGCGUACUUCACCUCUCCGUUACAAUCAGGACAGGACACCUUAGGACCAUGCACUUAGGAAAGCACACUUACUAAAACUACUGACUGAACGAGAGCAUUGCGGUGUUUGCCCCACAUCCUCGUCCAGAUACUUAAUCUGCCAUCACUGCUCAUCUGUAUAAGUCUCUCAGAAGCCCUUUUUGUAUUUAUUAAAAAUAAAGUGACUACUGUCAAGUUAA